AUGCACCACAAAAGUUGUUCAGCUCUUUGUCAACAUUUAAAAUUUUAUCAUGGUUUAUAUCCAGCUAAAAAUCUACGUUUAAAAUGUGGAGAACAGGGAUGUUUUUCGUCGUUCUGUACUUACAAGGGCUUUAGAAAACAUCUUCACAGUGUACAUAGUUAUGAUAGACAGGUAGAGACACAUCAGGCAGUUGUCAAAGACACUCAUUCUCAAGAAGAACUGUUAAGUGAUCAGCCAUCUUCUUCUGUAUCUAUAUCACAGACUCCCACUGUUACUACACAGAAGUCAAUUGUUGGAAUGUGUGGAUCUAUUGUUGCUCACUUACAAGCUUCCGGUCUUUCUGAAAGUGCUGUUCAAACAAUCAUUUGUUCUGUUGAGGAAGUUGUCAGUGAUGUUCAGAGUCAAGCAAGAGAGGUAACACUUAAAACAUCCCCCCUCAUAGUAUGGAGUCAGACGUUUACAAAAGAAUUUGAAUAUGGUCCUUUAAAAUCAAGAACAGCCAAUAGCCUGGAAGGUGGAGAUCUACUGUCUAACACCUUAAAUCUGGACUCAUGCUCAAAUAUUUUAACUACAAACUGGGUACGAAAUUAUGGCACUGAAUACCAGGUUGGACUGUUUAUAUGUACUGCAAUGUCCAAUGAUCUACCUGUGUUUAAUAAAAUUUGCCAUAUUAUAAUACAUAAACAGCAGGCAUUCAUAAUAGGCUGUGCUGCCAACACCUUGUACUUUGAUGAACACUUUCAUGCAUACCGUAUUGAAGAAAAAAAUAAUGAGCAUGUUAUUUGCAUUGACAAGCUCACCUAUGUCAGACCUUUUGAUAGGCAAUAUUCUAAUGAAAGUGAGAACAUAUAUAUUGUUCCACAUUGUUACAUGUUUUGA